AAGCAGCUCGACCUACAUCAGCGCUUAUUGUCGCGUCGCCAGACCAGCCCGCUUGCGCACACAGCGUGUGCAGUGUAUCGCAUUGCUAAGCUAUAGUACCGGGACGGUUCACGGCUAAGAAAGAGCCCGUUCGGUGCCCUACUCCUGCAGCUUCAGGUCUGACAUAACAGGCUUGACUGCUCUCACCGCGCGCGGCGAGGCAUAAAAACACCGGCCCGACAGCCCACCACACCGCGGCGCCGCUAGAUGAAGAACAAGCGCACCGUCCUCACCAUGCUCCUGGCGCGUCGAGUCUGCGGCUGGUCGGCGCGCCAAUUGCUCAAGCCGCGGCCGAUCCGCACGGCCUUCAAGUCCAGUACCAGAGCGGCGCCGCUCAUGUCCGUCGUCGACAAGGAGUCCAUGGAUUAUGUGGAUGUCGACACCGAGCUGGCCGCCCCUGUGGAGGACGUCGUUGUCGGCGAAGAAGUCGUGCCCGACGCGGAGCCGGAGAAGGACCCCAUGGCCAUCGAAGGACGUAUUUCCGACCGCCAAGCCGAAAGACUCGCGGAGCGAGGCAUCACCACCUUCACGGAGAUCCAGCAUCGAAGCUACGAGCCCGUGUUCGAGGGCCGAGACCUGCUAGGUAAAUCUAGAACGGGCACGGGCAAGACCGUGGCCUUCGGCCUGCCCAUCAUCGAGAAGCUCGCGGAGAUGCGGUCGAAUGGCGAGUACGACCACAAGCGGCGCGGCCGCGGCCCCGCGAUGCUGGUCUUGACGCCGACGCGCGAACUCGCGAAGCAGGUCCAUGAUGAAUUGAAGUACCUGGCGGACACGCACGGCUUCUCGACGACGUGCUUCCACGGUGGUGUCAGCUAUGGCCCCCAGGAGGGUGCCCUCAGAAGAGGAGUAGAUAUCUUAGUCGCGACGGUCGGCCGCGUCAUCGACCAUAUUGAUCGAGGCAACUUACAGCUCAACGACGCCUACCACGUCGUCUUGGAUGAAGCUGAUGAAAUGUUAAGUAUGGGCUUCGCUGAUGAUGUGGAGCGCAUUUUUGGGGAGUGCCCGGCGGGCAAGGCCAAGGGCAUGGGCUCGGGCGGCGGCGCGCCGGCCCCCGACGACGCCUUCGACCUCGACGAGUUAUUGGGCGAGGAGGCGCCGCCCGCGCCGGUCGCCGAGAGCCGAAGACCGCAAACAUUAUUAUUCUCCGCCACAUCACCAGGAUGGAUCAAGAAGAUGACGCGGCGCUUCAUGACGGACCACGUGUUUGUGGAUGUGGUUGGAGACGCCACCCAACAAGCUGCUACUACGGUGACGCACAAAGCGGUAUUAGUGCCUCGGUCGAACGACGCCAGAGCCUCGUUACUCGAGGAUAUUAUUUCGGUGGAGCUGUCCCAAAGGCAAGGUCAAGUAACCGACGAGCAGCAGAACGGCGGCGGGCGCGUUAUUGUCUUCACCGCGACCAAGAGGGAGUGCGACGAGCUCGCGGGCGGUCCCGCCUUCCAGAGACUAUCGGCACAAGUGCUCCAUGGCGACAUCGGCCAAAGUCAGAGGGAAGCGACGCUGGCGCAGUUCCGACGGGGCCAAUUUUCAGUAUUAGUAGCUACUGAUGUGGCUGCUCGCGGAAUUGACGUGAAAGGAGUGGAUCUGGUGGUGCAGUUCCGCACGCCGAGGGAUGCCGAAGGAUACGUGCAUCGCUCGGGACGAACGGGCCGGGCCGGGAGGGACGGGACCGCGGUGGUCUUGUACGACGACCGGGAAGAACGCGACGUGAGAUCGCUCGAGCGAGAAACGGGUGUGAAAUUCCAAAGGCUCGGCCCGCCGUCGGCCGGGCGCGUGCUCGAGGCGGCGUCGCUCGAUGCGGCGCGCGCUUUGACGCGGGUGCAGGACGACGUCGUGCCGCACUUCCUCGAGACGGCCAAACAGUUAUGUGCGGACGAGCUCGCCGAGACGUCGGACGAGGCGGCGUCGUUAGUUGCUCGAUGCUUAGCCGCGGUCGCGCGGCAGAACGAGCUGAGGGCUCGGUCCGUGCUGACGGGCGAGGCCGAUCGGACGACCUUGUUGAUGAGCGCGCCGCGGCCGCUCAAGACGUCGGACGUCGUGUACGCCGUCUCCAAACUCCUAGAGAGAGUACCCAAACAGGAAGGCGCGACGCCGAACGAUAAUGAUCGGGUCGGUGCCGUACGAGUAUGUAAAGAACCGUCGCAAGCGGUGUUUGACGUUCGUUCGACGACGGCGCAGCGGUUAUUAGCCUUCUGCGAGGAGCAGAACUUCAACAAGUUCACGUUCGAGGUCUGCGAGGUCCUGCCGCAGCUGCAGCCGCAGCAGCGCCGCGACUUCAACGGCGGCGGCGGUGGAUAUCGAGGUGGUGGUUAUCGUGGUGGGCGCGGCGGCGGCGGCGGCUACCGCGGCGGUGGCGGUUAUAGAGGUGGUGGGAGAGGCGGCGGCGGCGGCUACCGCCAGGGCGGCUACCGGGGCGGCGGCGGCGGCGGUGGUUAUAGAGGCGGCGGCGGCGGCGGCGGCGGGUACCGCGGCGGCGGCGGCCGCGACCGCUACUAGGACUCUCGCUUCGCUUCGACCCCUCCCAUUCCCUGUGUCCAGUAACGGUGCGAUUUCGUUC